CCAUGUAUCCCCCUGCUUCUCGCGGGGGUAUAAAGGACCCCGGUCUACCUUCCACAGAGUCACAGAACCGAGCGGCAUCGCAGAAGCCGACAUGAAUCCUCUGAUCGCGUGUAUGAUCGUCGGCCUGGCAGGGUUCGCCCUGGCUGAACCACCGAUCUCUGGUGGCUACAGCUACAGCAGGCCAUCCGGAGGCGGUGGAGGCUACUCCUUCGGUGGAGGAGGCGGUGGCGGUGGCGGCGGCGGGUACACCGCCGUCUCCACCGGCUACCAGACCAACGAGGGUGCCUCCGUCGACGGAGCCCUGCUCGAGCAGAUCCGGCAGAUCCUCCUGAAGGAGGAACUGCAGGCCCAGCAGAGCGGAGGAUUCGGUGGCGGCGGUUACGCUCCUAGCUCCAGCUACGGGGCCCCGUCCUCGUCGUACGGCGCGCCGAGCUCCUCGUACGGCGUGCCCAGUUACCAAACCCGCGUGGUAGGCAUCGAUCUCGAAGGCAUCAGGCAGGCCAUCCAAGUGGCGCAGUUCAACCAAAUCACUCACGGACCUGGAGGCUACCCUAGCGGACCCAGCAGCAGCUAUGGUGCACCCAGCAGACCCAGCAGUGGCUACGGCGCGCCGUUCUAAGCGGUCGCCGAAGAUGCACAGAGAUCGUACGAAGGGAGAGCGAGAGAGCGAGAGAGAGAGAGGGAGAGAAUGAGAGGGAGAGAGAGAGAGAGAGCGAGAGAGAGAAGGAGCGAAAACACCUGUCGACCAUAGCGACCAUCUUUCGAGCCGAAGCCAGAGGUGCCAAUCGGAAGAGUCAGGACUACGCGAUCAGGAUGAAGAGGAUGAUGCUUGCCGCGUAGGAAGUUCUCCAAAGUGAAGUUCCCGAAAAGCUGCUCGGAAGAUCGUCGUGCCAAGGACAGAUCGUUGAGAUCGUCGUUUCUUCGGGGAAGCUGAUCAUCGCCACGGGGAGAGCCCCAAUACUGAUCGAAGGUCGCCGUUCCGACGUGUCAAAGUUCGCUGCUGGAACAGGGGACUUAGGUGGUCCCCGGUCGAGGUGCACGUAGGGGAUCAGACCGGCAGAGGAUUCCCAGGAUCUUGGCUCGUUGAAAUCCAAUCGUCGUCGCUUCAACGGGCCGCGAUCCUCUUUGGAAUCGACACGGGCUACGUGCGGAAGGUAAACCGGGCUCCGGGCCGCUCGCUCGUUGGAGAUCAAAGGGUCGUCGCUUCAACGGGUCAGGGCUGCGGAGUGAACUUGAACGUCUGGGACGGCAACAAGCUUAAAACGAUCGGAGUCGUCGACGAGGUGUCGCGCAUGGAACCCCGUCGUAAAAUAAAUAAAACCCGAGAGAAAUAUCAUUCGUCGUCGCGGUCGUGGCCGCGAGGGAUCGAGCAAUCCCAGUGAUAAACGAGCAUCGAUCGCGCGCGGACGAGAUCCCCGACCAAAACGGGAUCGCUCGUCCACACAGUAGAUAUUUAGAAGAUACUCGCGGGAGAACCGUUGAGCCGGAGCCGAAGUCGAAGCCGAAGCCGUGAUCGGCGCGUACACCACGCGCCCUGUAAAUACAAUUUUCUACACGCUUUUCCAACGGCGUCCGCCCCGCGGUUCGUGGGCCCCGUUUCGAGGAGGACAAUAAUCUUCGCCGGACCUGGCCGACAUCGUAACCGGAGGAGCACGAGAAUUCGACGGGAAACGGACAAGAACGUAACAACGCCUCGAAGCGUGGCGGCGGCCGCCGACGCUGGAAUAUACACACGUACACACACGUACAGAGAUACACACUAUUUUUUUAUAUGUUCUGAACGCUACUCCUUAACCACGCAUCUUUUUUAUACUUGUAUAAAGGCUUUUUUGUAGAAAAAAAUAAAAAAAAACGUCGCCACCGUUGAA